CAAUGGGAAGAAAGCCUGAAGCUUCGCGCAAAAAUAUUUAUCAAAAUGAUUAUUCAGAAACUUCAAAACGAAUGACAGGAUUCUUCCAACUAAUGGGUAUAUGGCGAGGGAGUGUGGUGAAACUGAUUUAUCACAAUGUUCUUAUUUUCCUAGUUUUCUACUUUAUGUUGAGUUUCUUGUAUAGAGUUGUACUGUUUGAGGAUGAUUUUCACAGGCAAAUGUUCGAGAUAAUCUGCGUAUAUUCACAAAGAUUUAGUUCUCAUAUUCCAAUAACCUUCCUGACAGGAUUCUAUGUCUCACAGGUUGUUUCAAGAUGGUGGGGGAUGUUUACAUGUCUACCCUACCCGGAUAGAAUAGCAUUAAAACUAAUCAGGAAACAUUAUAAAUUUUUAAAAAAUUAUAUUCUUAAUAAUGUUCAGUAA